UACCUCCAUCCCAGAAAGAUGACUUGCUCCAGCCUGUGCUAUCCAGAAUGCGGAGUGGCCCGGCCCUGUCCGGUCACUGGUACCUGCAACGAGCCGUGCGUUAGGCAGUGCCAAGACUCUGAAGUGAUCAUCAGACCCUCACCAGUUGUCGUGACCCUCCCAGGACCCAUUCUCAGCAAUUUCCCUCAACACAGUGCAGUGGGAGCUGCAGGAGCACCUGUGGUCGGACCCGGUUACGGAGGCUCAUUCGGUUGGGGGGGAUUGCACGGCUAUGGAGGCCAUUACGGAGGAUUGUAUGGUUUAGGUGGAUAUGGUGGUUACGGCGGCCGUUAUGGUUAUGGGGGAUUAUGUGGUUAUGGGGGAUACUGCGGUUACCCAGGUGGUUAUGGUUAUGGGGGAUUAUGUGGUUAUGGGGGAUACUGUGGUUACCCAGGCUUCUGUGGUUACGGAGGAUUAUGGGGAUAUGGGGGAUAUGGCCGUAGGUAUCUCGGUGGAUACUGUGGGUCAUGCUAAACCCAGCAGGAACAUCCGUGGAAA